AGAACAUUUCUCUGUAACAUUUUUUCCUUAAUAUUUCAUAUUGGAGCAACAUGUCAACCAAAAAAAAACAAAAAAAAAAAAUUGGAGCAACAUGCGCCGCACGUGUAUAGUAGAUAAUGGAAUUUUUUUUUUUUAAAAAAAAAUUAAAUAGAGAAAGAAUUCUUCUCUCUUCAGUACCUCCUACAGGCAAAGCUACAAUCCCUGAGAAAUCCUGGGUUUUUCCGUUUUUCUUUACAAAUCUAAUUUAAUUGCCUCUUAAAUUUUUUUCCGGGAAGAACAAUAAUUUAAUUUAAUUGCAGUAAAAAUUCUCAAAUGAAGUUUGUAAAGAUUACAACUUUAUUAGAUUUAGAAUAUAACAUAAUCUCUUCUUCAGAUGGAACACAAUGAUUACACUUCUUCUAACACCACUACUCACAAGUUUAGGGUUGUCAUUGCUGUGAGAUGUUACCUAACUGGGAUUAAUUAUGACAAAGGAUUAUUACAAGAUUUUGGAAGUUGAUUAUGAUGCAUCGGACGAGGAUAUACGAUUAAGCUAUCGAAAGCUCGCUUUGCAAUGGCAUCCGGACAAGCAUAAGGACGAUAGUUCUGUUACUGCCAAAUUUCAAGAUAUUAACGAAGCUUACAGAGUUUUGAGUGAUCCUACAAAACGACUCGAAUACGAUCUAAGUGGGGAUUAUGAGAUUGAUAAGUACUCUCUGCCGGAAUACCUUGCCAGGUUCAAAGGAAUGAUACUCACCUGCAAUGGUCUUGGCAUCAAUCACUCUUCUCUUUGGUCUUAUAAUCAACACCUCAAGGAAGCAAAUGAAUGUGAAGACGGUAAAGUUUGAGUGUCCUGCCAUUAUUUUUGUUUACCAAACUACACUUACAAAGAGUUCAGUCCUAUGAUUAGUCUUCAAACUUAGGAGGGAGGGCGAGAUGAAGGACCAAGUUGUUGCUGUACUUGUACAAUAGUAAAAGAGAGUUAUUAGUAUUUUGUAUCUGGGUGCGAUUAUGGUUUGCACAGCAUGUUAGGGAUUGAAAAUGGCUUUAGAGUAGUAAUGCUAAGGUGCAGUAAAUGCUUUGUGAGAAAUUUAUUCUUCACUGGUGUCUUAACAAUCUAUUGCUCUCAGUUGAGCUCAUUCUCUUGUACUUGUGAAAUAAAGAUACCCUGAAAAUAGCACACACAAUUCUGUUUUAUUCUUUGUUGAAUGAGAAAAGAACAUACUUCAGAACAAAUGGUUAAGCUUA